AUGCACGAUUGCGGCGGGUUGAUGAUGGCCGUGAAGGAUUCGACGCCGAACAUGCCCAAGUUGGAGAUGGUGAAGGACCCGCCUUGGUAUUCCUCGGGCUUGAGCUUGCCGUCGCGCGCCUUGCCGGCCAAUUGUUUAGUCAAGGUCGAGACCGUGGCCAAGCCCUUGGCUCCGACAUCGGGGAUGAUGGGCGUGAUCAAGCCGUUGGGUGUUGCGACCGCGACCGAGAUGUCCGCGGUGUGA